AUGACUGCAAAGUUUGAUUCAAUGCUUGCUUCUGAACCUCACAAGAUGUCCGGAGCUACAUCUACAACACCUACUAGUGGUGGCCAAAAGCUCUCUAUGUUUGCUGCCAAAUCUGGAUUUGUCAUCCCCAAAAACAAGUUAUUAGGAUCGUUAGUUCCCGUUUUCCGAGGGGCUAAAAAAGAUGGGGUCACUGGAGUCAUCAAUGAAGAAAGUUCAAAACAAAUUGAGAGGAAAUCAAGAUGGGGGCCUGAUCCAACACAGGAUGUAUCUGUCAGGAGGGCAAAGGUUUUAGCGUUGCAGAUUCGAGUGGAACAAAUUUCAAAGCAGUUGGAAUCAGAAAAUUUAGAGAUUGGAGCUACUCAGAACUUACCAUUGGUGGAUGAGAACCCAAAUGAAAGCAAGUCUGGCUCUCAAAUUAAUAGCAAGAAGUCAGAAAUGCUUGAACUCGAAAAGCGGGAAACAAUAGGUGAAAUACUAAAAUUAGAUCCCAGUUACAAGCCUCCGCCUGGUUUUAAACCGCUGUUAAAAGAACACAGUGUUCCUUUGCCUGUCCAAGAAUAUCCAGGGUACAAAUUUAUUGGUCUAAUAUAUGGGCCUGAAGGUGAUAAUCAAAAGCGACUGGAGAAGGAAACUGGUACCAAGAUAAAAAUUCGUGGAACCAAAGCAGACACAGGAGAGAAAGGUGAAAUUAAACCAGGUACUGAUGUCCAUUGCAGUUACGAAGAGAUGCAUGUUAACAUAUCAGCUGAUAGUUUUGAUAAAGUGGAUGCAGCAAUUUCCAUCAUUGAACUACUAAUUUCCUCUGUAACUGGGAAUUCAGCUGCUGGUUCCACACCCUCCAUAUCUGUCUCUGGGGACAGCACUAAUGGUCUGAAUCAAAACCAAGACGGCCCCCCAUCUCAUGCAAUUUCUCUAUCUCUGGAAAAUCCGACUGUGUUUCAACCAGCAGCCACUACACAAAUGCAAGGAGAUCACUAUCAAUACUCUGGUUCAUGGUUUUCAGCUGCUCCAUCUCACACCCCUUUAUCUGCUUCUUCUGGCAGUGUAGUCCCUCCAAAUCCCCCAUACCUUGCUAGAACUCCUCAUUUUCCAUCACAGACAAUGAGCCCUUCAAAUAUGAUUUCAGCUUUUGGUGCUCAACCUACACCUAUUGCUGGAUUCCACCAGAUUAUUCCAAAUCAGCAGUUUUCUAUGCAAACACCACCACCAACACAAAUCUUACAACAUUCACAAUGGACUCAAACAACUCCUUUUGGCCACGUUGGGCUACCAAGAAAUCCUUCUGUAAUACCUGCACAGAAUUUGUCAGCACCAACAAGUGCUUCACUUUCAUUUCCAGUUCCCUUAAGGCAUCCAAUGCCAACAGGACACCUUCAGACAUCAAUGUCUUCAAUGCCUCAACCUAUGUCUGGUAUAUCACCGUCACCGAUAGGUAAUCAGCCAUCAACCCCUCACGGUGUAUCUGCUGGACUGAGUGGAGGACCAAUGGCUCCACCGGCAGUUCCCCCUGCAAGACCUGUUUCUCUAGGUCCACAAUCAGAUGUUGAAUAUAAGCCACCCCAGUCAAAUGUGUCCAUGAUGCCACGACCUGGCAGUAUUCAUCCACAUCACGCAGGAAUGUCACCGAGACCACCAUCAUCUUUGGGACCAAUACCAGGAACUGUUCAUUCAACUGGAAACCAUUUAUCAAGACCCAUUUCAUUUCCGUCGCCAGGAAUAUCCCCUUCACUUCCAUUAGCUCAACAAUCAGGAAUACCUAAUUCUGCUUCUCAUUACACCCACAUAAACCCACUGGCCUCCACACCUUCAAAUUCUGGAAAUUUUACUUUUCAAGGACAGCGACCCAAUGCAGACUACUAUCAAGUGGUUCCCAGACCUAACAGUCAAGCUACUACUCAGGGUGGUACACAAGAGCCACCUUCUGGUCCCCGGCCUCCACCAUUUGGGUUUGCUAUGCCUGAUCAGCCUUUUCAAAGCUUUCCAAGGCUACAAGUCUCCAACCGAAUGGAUCAAACUCAAGCUUAUGCCUCUGCUGCUCCUUUUGGUGGAAGGUCGGGCUCUGUCUCAAUUCCACCCCAACACCCUGUAUUUCCCUAUGCCGGUCAACCUUCACCAAGAUCUCAAGUCCCACAAAUGGGUAUGAGGAACUUCAUUCCUACCUCUCAAAGGCCAAACUUGCCCAGUCUUGGGGUCCAAAGAGGUAUGCCUAAUCAACAAAGCUAUCCUGCUCAAGGAACAUGGCUUCUGAAUCAGAAGUUUGGCAACAAUCCUUCCUUGGCAUCCAGUAAGCCAUCAUAUCACGCAGACCAAAUUUAUGAUCCCUUUUCACCCACAUCUGUUGCAUCUCCACACCAGAAAGGUAAUCUCGGAAAAUGA